GGUUGGGGUUGUUUGUAGAGUACAUUCUCUACCCGCGCUCGGUGCACGUGAGACGUGUUCCCGCUCGUCGUAAAAGUUUUUCGCGAACGCGUUGUGUUUAAAUUUAAUAAGUUUUUACAUUAAGAUGUUCAACGAUUUGGAAUCGACGAAUAUAAAGCCGAGCUGAUGAAAAGAACCGAAACGGAAUUAUGUUAAUGACAUAAAAAUAAGUAAAUAGACUGAGAAUAGACGGCGGGUAGAGAGGGUAUAGCGGCCGUGCCGCACGCGGUGGUGGCUGGCCGGCGCCUGGUGGGCUGGUGGGCGGUGGCGAGCAUCAGUGCCAGCGCUCAGCGGAGCCCCUUGGGCUGGGCCAUGGGCAGCUCGCAGCGCCUGGCCGCGGUCGCUGCGGUCUCGCACGCCAAACACUACUACAACCACACGACACCGGACGUCGCACGGACGGUCGACGCUCAUUACACUGUCAAUAUACUCUUCGUCAGUGCAACUCUUUGCGGGGUCCUGGUGGCUGUGUGUGCGGCUUGCUGGCGUCGCUCGUCCUCCAACAAGCCGGAGGAGGUGGCUGAGUGUGGGGUGUACACUGUCAGCGCUGACGCCAGGCUUACACAGGACUUCAACACUGAUGAGAUACCCGGCCCGCCGCCGGCUUAUGAAUCCGUUGUAAUAAGUGAAGGCGCUUCAACGCUAAAAGAUAGUUAUGUCUUAGAGGAUGUCAAAACGGAGCCUUGCAAUAAAUGCAAAAUAAGAAUCGACAGCGGCCUUCCGAGCUACGACGCAGCGGUUAUGUUGCGUGAUACAAAAUUAUAAUAUUCACGAACAACUAUGGCUGAGAUGAGUUACUUAGAGCGAUCAAUCAGGGCUGCUUCAUAAAAUUUGUUUUUAUAGAAAUCCAUAGCUAUACAAAACGCACAUAAACAGGGCAAGGAAUUAAUGCUUGUUGCGUUGUGACAUUUAAGUGUUUCAGUUCACGUAGUACGAGUUUACAUCAAACUAAAUACAGACAGUAUGUAGGUUAUUCGUUCGUGAAUUUUAUGAAAGGAUUGUAUCGACUUGGAUUUCCGAACAUAUAACAUUAUUACGAUCGUGGUUCAGUUUGGCGCUGGAACUCGUACUAACGUUACGGAACAUUGUUUCCUCGUCGCUCGAACAGAGAGUGGUCAUUAAAUAUUUUUUAUUAAUUUCAAGUUCGUAUUGUUAGUUGUUAGGGUUUAAAGUGUUUUGUUGUCUGUUGAAUUCCAGUCAGAUUUUAUGUUACCACAGUUUUAAUUUAUUUCUAUAAUUAAUAUAUAUUUAAAUGUUAUAUGCGUAUAACGCUAGUGUAAUAGUGUUUUUUUUUUGUUUUUUUCUUAUUUUGUGUAACUAUAGGCUGGCUGGUUUUCGUUCUUUAUGAAAUUAUAUUUUACGUCACAGUUGAUAAUUUUUCUAGACAAUCGCUUGUAACAAUGCUUGAUAGAUUUUAAUAUCCUGAAAAAUAAUAAACAUAUCACAAUAUUCAAAAUAAAAUAGGAUUAUAUACACAUUAAUAGAUUUAAUAAGGACAAUAAAUUAUGUACAUAUAUAGAGCAAUUUAUUGUUUCUAUAUAUAUUAUUGAAUUUAAUGGAAACGUAAUCUUUCAAUUAAUAAUUUUUUCAUUCUAUAUUUUUCAUAUCCGAAUUAUUGGGAGAGACUCACUGUGAAAAUUUUCAGAGUCAAAAGUUAUAAGUAAAUGUCAGUUUGUAUUUAUUUGACCUUUAAUAUAUCUAUUUCAUUAUGAUUCCGUUUUGACCUUAUAUUCGGAUAUUUUUUUUGGUUCAGUUGCCAUAAAUAAAAUUAUAAUGUAGAGAAAUGAAUUGACGAAAACUGUUCAUGUAAUCUUAUGACUAGUAUAAGAUCAACGAGCUAUGUGUAAUCGCUUGUAGAAUUUACGGAAAUAUAGAGGAACAAUAUUGUUAUUGCUGCACUGAAUUAGAGUUUAAAUAUGAAGUGCUUAGACAGCAUUAGAUGAACGCACGGUAUAGACAUAAGAUGUAUACACAAUAAACGGACACGUAUUACGA